AUGAUAACAGUGUCAGGCCAAUCUCACAGCAUGGUUGAAAGAAGAGUACCAACGAAGCAAAAUCCGAAACAAUACUUGGCUGAUCUGAAGGAAGCAUUCAACGACGAACCUGAAAAAUAUGAAGAGUUUGUCCAGCUAUUGCCUCAUAUCGUAAAUCCUAGAGUUGAUAUAGCUACUCGCGUAGAGAUCUUUGGAAGGGUGAAGGAACUCCUGAAAGAUCAUCAGGAUCUGCUUCUUAGUUUCAGUGACUUCCUUCAUCCCGACGCUAAGAGGAUCCUUUAUCCAGAAGAUCCCGAGGCUAAGAGAAUCAUGCCUCUUGAUGAUUUCGAAGGGCUAAGCCCAUUCCAAACCAUGGUUAGUAGAGAAGUACCACAAGAGCCAACGAUAGAUCAUUCACUUUCAUACAUUGCUGCUGUGAAGGAAGCGUUUCGUGAUGAACAUGGAAAAUAUGUCGAGUUUCUAAAGAUCUUGAAGGAUUUUUAUGCUAAUAGACUUGAUCGCACGAGGGCCAUUGCAAGGUUGGAGGAAUUCAUAAAAGAGCACCCGGAGCUGCUUCUUGGCUUCAAUUUAUUCUUUCCAGAUGAUGAGCCUAAGAGAACCAGUCCUCCCGAGCCUAGUAGAACCAACCUUUACGAGGCUAAGAGAACCGUCCCUCCUGAGGCUCGUGAUCAUCAUUGUGUUGAGUCUAGUUGUACCAAAAGAAAACAUGCGGAGACUGAUGGAGAGAGUUUUAUGGACAAGCUUAAGACAAGGUUUCGGACCCUUGAUACUCAUGUAGUCGAGUCAUUUAUCGAGAUAAUGGAAAAGUUUGAAGAGGGAGAGAUUUCGAAAAGGGAGGUGUGCGAUGAGGUUGUUGAUCUUCUCUAUUAUCAUGAAGAUUUGAUCGAGGACUUCCCCAAAUAUUUUAAACGAAGGAAAACAUAUAGGAAUAGCACCAACAUCUCUUACUAG